AAAUUCUAUCGCGUUUUAAAGAUUUUAAUAAAAUAGUGAGAAAAACUGAGACGGGAUUCCAUAUUAUUCUUACAUACAGAGAAUUAAGUAAACUUUUGUCCUUGUACAUCAAAACCAUGGCAGAGAAAGACGAUGCGAGUGGCAGUUCUGUUGCGAUGGCAUCAACAAGUUCUCUGAUACAAGUUAUCAGAACUUUGUCGGAACAGUUCCCAAACAAAUUUCCGACCCCCUCUCACAAUGAAACCGUCGAAAUUGGAGAUAAUAUCAUUGGUCAAGGGACCUUUGGAAAAGUUUUCAUUGGGAUACUAUCAACCUCCGAGGAGAAGGCAGAUGUAACGUACCUCGCUGUGAAAAAAAUUGAUCUCGAUCUGCUAAAUGAAAAACAAUAUAAUUUAUUGAAGAAAGAAACUCUCAACAUGCGUGAUGUGAGGCAUCCCAAACUGGUGUCGUUGCUGCAUUGUUUUGUCAGUGACAUGUGUUGUCUCAUGGUGACUCCUUUGAUGAACUACAUGAGUUGUGACCAUAUUAUUGCAACUAACUACCCCAAUGGACUAUCAGAGGGCGCCAUAGGCAUGAUAUUGAAACACCUACUACAAGGCUUGAGCUACCUGCAUUCAAAAAACUACAUCCACAGAGGAAUAAAGGCGAGCCACAUUUUAGUCAACAUAGAAGGCCACGUGAAGCUCUGUGGCUUCAGACACAUGAUUAAACUUCCUCCUGGGCAGAAGGAAAUAACAGACCCAAAUGCUCUAGUUGACAUGAGCAAACAUCUCAACUGGCUUGCUCCUGAGAUGUUACAACAGAACAGAGAAGGGUUCGGUUUGAAAUCAGAUGUCUACAGUAUUGGCAUGACCGUACUAGAGCUGGGAAACGGCGUAGUGCCCCAUUCAGAUGUAUCCCCCCCGGGGAUUUUGGUGAGAGUGUUAAAUGAACCACCGCCAAGGUUGUGGGAUAGGAAUUUCCUGCCCUCUAGUGAGACAAAAAUGACUCCAGAAACUCAAAAACAAGUCGUGGAAAGAGACAUACCCUACCGAAGGAAACAAUACUCGAGGGAUAUCGUCUACUUUGUGAGCCAAUGUGUGAUGUCAUAUCCAGGCCUCAGGGCUGGACUCCAAGAUAUUAUGAGAAUGAAAUUCAUUACAUCCUACGCCAAACAAGUUGACUACACCUUGGUCAAACACUUGAGUAAGCUAGGACCACCGGCUUUAUACCAUUCGUACGAAACAGCUUACCAGAGGGCCAGUGAAGAAAAUGAUUCGCCAGAGUGGGACUUCUCUGUGUAAGAUGAAGCCAAUCACCUCACAACGUCUCGGUGCUAAGUUCAGACCCACUGUGAUUAUAAAGUGAUUUGUCAGUAUUUAUUUCUGUGUUGUGUGUUUCAUGGGAGAAACUAUGCUCCAGUUUUUAAUAACUGACAACUUUGUGUUACCUAUCUUAUAGAUAAUUUAUUUAUGAAUACGUUAAUUGUUUGAGUACGAAGUUUGAAGUGGAUAGUUGGUGGAAGAGAAACCUCCACUUAGUGUUACUUCGCCCUGCCAUGCUGUUGCCGAGUUCUCAUUAGCCUUACCAUUGGUGAAGCUGGCGGGGCUCAACAGACUUGAUUAUCAAAGCUAAAUAGUUCCUCAUCGCUUCGCGAAUUUAUUUUGUUAUUUAUUUAGAUAUUUAUGUUACUUAUUAAUUUAAGUAGUUUCACUAAGGGUCUAAAUAGGCCCAUUAAGAACAAAAUUUUAUUGAACAAAAGUUUGUAAAAAGAACAGUAAUUAGUUGGGACACAAAACAAAACAAUACAACAAUUUAGGACAGGGAAAUUUCUGUUAACUUAUUAGUGUGUAAACUUAGCGAAAUAAAAAUUUUGAAUGCACUAAGGUUUAUAACUUUAUAAUAGACUUUAUAAAAACUUACUAAAACUUAAUCUGUGAUGGUAAAACAUCUAUACUUAUUAUAGAAUAUUUUUUUGAUCAGGUGAGCUUAAAUUUUCUACCUAGUUUAAGUUAUGUGAUUGGAACAUCCAUUUUCAAUUAACAUCAAAUAUCAAGUACAAAAGUUUAAAUCGUGUAGUUUUAUAAUUCAACCCCAUUAUUGUAAUUGUAAAGUAUUUUACCAUAAAAAAAUUCUUGUUAAUCUGUGUCCAACUAGAAAUGUUACAUUCUUGACACAAUAUAAAUUUAAAUUUCUUCAACUUGUCCAUCACAGAAAUAUGCUCAAUUGUAAACAACAUUCUGUAAAAUUAAAUAUUGUAACCCGUCAUGUGUUAACAUUGUUAAUAGUUAAAUAAAAAUAGUAAAAAAAAGGCUUGACCAAGUUGUUAUUAUAUUGUAAAUUUGCAAGUGCCUUAACACAUGUUCACCACCAAUUCAAACAAAAUUUGUAUUUAAUAGUUAUGUUGUUAUUUAUUUAACUUGUAUUUUUUGUUAACAUUCCUACAAUGUUGUAUCAAAUAAUCUUAUGAAUUCAGGUACAUUUUUCUUAACAGUUAACAAUCAACUGUACCAAUUAUAAAUUAAUUUAAGUAGACCUACUGUUGCCAAAUUAGUAUUUUAUCUUUGUCAUGUUUCAUUUUCGUUUAAGUUAUUGUAGGCCUAAGCCAAACUUAAAUUAAUUAUUUCAUCAUGUGGAACAAACGACAAAUGUUUCACAAAUAGUUAAUGUGGUUUUGUAUAUUUUCAAUGUUAAAGCUCUUUAGUUGUUUUUAUGCCAAUAUGACUGGGAACGUUUCACAAACUCCAAAUUUCACCAUCUCCAAUAGUAAAAUCUAGCAGUAAAACCAAUAGUAAUUUACUAUUAGUUUUAGUAGUAAAUAAACAGAGUGAUUUAAGUCCAAUAUUAUCAUUUUUAAAUAACCAUCGUUUAACAAACUCCAAAAGUACAGUCCCAGCCAGAAGUUUCUACAGGGGUUGCCACCGUUCCCCGUGGUUAGAUUUGUUUAUCAAUACUUCAUGCUUCACAAUGCAUCACCCACAAUGUCGUUUCAUGGCGUGUGGCCAACAACGCAAGAACGUGCAAUGCAUGCAAUCUGACCAUGGCAACCCUUACUGCACCUUCUUCUCAGGACUUUACUUUUGAAGUUGGUGAAAUUUGGAGUUGGUGAACUUCACCCUUGACUGUACAACCCUCGGUGGAUACUGGUAUUCUCUUAAUCUGUCAUUGUACUCAUUUUACUCAAUUUAUAAGACUGAUUGUCCAUUAAUAAAAGUUGUUUUUAUUGUGAAAGUUCUAUUUCCUACCUAAAGACCAUUGACUAUAUAACACUACUUAUACUAUAU